UGGAAUUGUCGGGCAACUUUUCCUGUUGUGCUUGCUACCUCUUGCACAAUCUCUUGCUUAAUGACAGCUCUGCUACAGGAUUUACUUGCGCUGUGAAGACUUGUGCCAUCUGGAUGCCCAUCUCUACAGCAUGCUGGGUUUUAUGGCUGGUGCAUUUGUUGUCAAACAUGUUUUCAUGAUUUAGGUCCGAAGUUUUCCUUCAGCAGAAAUGUCUCGGCAGUACAAAGUGGGGCGAAAUCCAUCGAUAGCUGAUCAGCUUCCCUGGAUUUCGCUUGCAACCCCACUUUGUUUUGCCUGAAGAUGGAAACACUGGAGUCGGAGCUGACCUGCCCAAUUUGUCUGGAGCUCUUUGAGGACCCGCUGCUCUUACCCUGCGCUCACAGCCUUUGUUUCAACUGUGCCCAUCGAAUCCUGAUCUCACACUGCACGCCCAGUGAGCCAAUUCAGUCCAUCAGCGCCUUUCAGUGCCCAACCUGUCGCUAUGUCAUCACCCUCAACCAGAGGGGCCUAGAGGGACUCAAACGCAACGUUACAUUACAGAACAUCAUUGACCGUUACCAGAAGGCUUCUCUCAGCGGACCCAACUCUCCUAACGAGACUCGACGUGAGCGAGCCAUCCCCGACAGCAAAGCCAUGACAUCUCCCGGUGACCGGGUGCAGUGUCAGUUCUGUGAGCAGGACCCUCCGCAGGAUGCUGUAAAGACCUGCGUCACCUGCGAGGUGUCAUACUGCGAAGAGUGUCUCAAGGCCACCCACCCCAACAAGAAGCCUUUCACUGGCCACCGUCUAAUCGAGCCCUUGCUGGACUCCCAUCUGCGAGGGCUCAUGUGUCUGGAGCAUGAGGAUGAGAAGGUCAACAUGUACUGUGUGACAGAUGAACAGUUGAUUUGUGCAUUGUGCAAGCUGGUUGGCCGACACCGGGACCAUCAAGUAGCAGCCCUUGGUGACCGAUAUGAUAAACUCAAGCAAGCCUUGGAUUCCAACCUCAGCAGUCUAAUCAAGAGGACCAGUGAGCUGGAAACUCUGAUGGGCAAACUUAUCCAAACCUGCCAACAUGUGGAGGUAAAUGCAUCGCGACAAGAAAACAAGCUGCUUGAGGAGUGUGACCUGCUGAUUAAUAUCAUACAGCAGCGAAGACAAAUCAUAGCUACCAAGAUAAAGGAGGGAAAGUCUAUGCGGCUGAGAAAACUAGCCCAGCAGAUAGCUGGCUGCAAGCAGUGCAUUGAGAGGUCCUCGUCCCUCAUCACUCAGGCCGACCAAACUCUCAAAGAGUCAGACCACACUCGCUUCCUCCAAACGGCUAAAAGCGUCUGUGACAGAGUUUGUAUGGCAACGGCAUCUUCUCAAAUCCUGUUACCAGAGAUUAACCUGAAUGACACCUUUGAUACUUUUGCUUUGGACUUCACAAGGGAGAAGAAAAUGCUAGAAAGCUUGGAUUACCUCACAGCACCAAAUCCACCAGUAAUCCGUGAGGAAUUAUGUACAGCUUCAUAUGACACGAUCACAGUUCACUGGACAUCAGAUGAUGAAUUCUCUGUUGUAUCGUAUGAACUUCAGUACGCCAUCUUCACCAGCCAAUCUAAUGUUGUCAGUUUGUGUAACUCUGCUGAUAGCUGGAUGAUUGUGCCAAACAUCAAGCAAAAUCACUACACUGUGCAUGGGCUCCAGUGUGGCACCAAGUAUGUUUUCAUAGUGAAGGCCAUAAACCAGGCUGGAAACCGCAGCAGUGAACCGGGGAAACUCAAGACCAACAGUCAACCAUUCAAGUUGGACGCCAAGUCAGCUCACCGGAAGCUGCGGGUGUCCCAUGACAACCUGACAGUGGAGAGGGACGAGACAUCAUCCAAGAAGAGCCACAGUCAGGACCGCUUCUCCAGCCACAGCAGCUACGGUGUCACAGGAAACGUCUACAUCGACAGCGGCCGCCAUUACUGGGAAGCUCUGAUAGGAGGAAGCACAUGGUUUGCAGUGGGAAUUGCAUACAAGUCAGCACCAAAACAUGAGUGGGUUGGCAAAAACUCCGCCUCCUGGGUACUGUCUCGAUGCAACAACUCGUGGGUGGUGCGUCACAACAGUAAGGAGAUGCCCAUUGAGCCUUCACCCCACCUGCGGCGCCUCGGAGUACUGUUGGACUAUGACUCUGGAUCUCUGUCUUUCUACGAUGCUGUUGGCUCUCAGCACUUGUAUACAUUUGACAUUGCCUUUGCUCAGCCCGUUUGCCCUGUGUUCAACGUGUGGAACAGGUGUUUAACAGUCCUCACUGGACUGCCCAUCCCAGAUCACUUAGAGGGGACAGACUACACCAACUGACAAAACCUGUCCUGCUAGAUUUUCUUUGUGUACCCAAAAAGAGACCAGACUGCCUGCACCUCAUUGUUUACAAGCAUAAGUAGAUGUAUUUCUUUGCUUUGCACAUGUAUAUACAUUACACUGCUGGAUGGUUUAAAGGGUUUGCUUACAGUUUGAAAUUCAUGGAGAUAUUUUCAAAUAGGCUUUUUUUAUUUCCAAAUUUAUAUUACAUGCGUUCAUGUGUUGUUAAGUAUGAUUAUAAACCUUUAAGUGCAAGUGACAUGUGGAUUCUCUGACUCUAAUGUUUCUGGAAGGUUGUAUUAUAGGCUAUUUUAAAUGUAAUGUUUUUUUGAAAGAUUUUUUUAAGUCAUAGCACUUUGAGAGGACAAAGCUGUCCCUAUAAAAUGUAUUUCUAAGCCACUUGUACCAUAAUGCAAACGUGUCCUUGUCAUUGUUUUGUAAGGAAAAAACACUUAAAUAGAUAACAACAGUUAACAACAGUUUCACUUAGAAAUUUUUAUGUGAAAUCAAUUUAGCGAUUUUCAAAUAUUUAUUGUCUGUAAAUGCUUGAGUACAGUUCAGCAUUAUAAGAUCAUUCACCUUCAAAAGAGCUCUUCAUCACAAUUUUUACAUUUAAGUUUCUCUCUGACAAGAUGUAAUAAAAGUGACUUCAUUUGA